AUGAGAAUGUCUGUGUUGCAGACCCUGCUUUGUUUGUUUCUGGUGCUGUCUAUUAAUAGCGCCUCCUCUCAGCCAGAUUUACUGUACCACAGAUUAAUGGCGUUUGGCAUGGCUACACAGGUAAGCCAAGAAUUUCUGGUAUUACUUUCUUUGCAAUUCUUUACAUUUAAUGUGCCUAUUUAUCUGUUUGCUGGUCUGGUCUUUCAGGAUUUGAAUAAAAAUGAUCAGCAGGUGCUGCUAUCCCAGCUUAGCUUGCCAGAUUCUGAACUGAAAGGGAGUGAAGUUUCUACUUUGGGGUCAAAACAAGAUCUUACAGGGAAUCUGGAGCAAUCAGCAGAGAUUUCUGACAGCCUCUGGCCCCGAGAGCGCAAAGCUGGCUGCAAGAGCUUUUAUUGGAAAGGAUUCACCUCCUGCUAAAGCCUAGCCUCUCUGCCCAUA